CAGGACCUCGACGAAGGCAAUCCGACAACACAGCCAUGGCUCCACGCUCUUACAGCAAGACCUACAAGGUCCCACGUCGUCCCUUUGAGGCCGCUCGUCUUGACUCCGAGUUGAAGAUCGUCGGUGAAUACGGUCUCCGCAACAAGCGUGAGGUGUGGCGUGUCCAGCUCACUCUCUCCAAGAUUCGUCGUGCUGCCCGUCAGCUGCUCACCCUCGACGAGAAGGACCCAAAGCGCCUCUUCGAAGGAAAUGCCCUCAUUCGUCGUCUGGUCCGUGUCGGUGUGCUUGACGAGUCCCGUAUGAAGCUCGAUUACGUCUUGGCCCUGAAGGUUGAGGAUUUCUUGGAGCGUCGUCUUCAGACUUGCGUCUACAAGCUCGGUCUCGCCAAGUCCAUCCACCACGCCCGUGUCCUGAUCCGCCAGCGUCACAUCCGUGUCGGCAAGCAGAUUGUCAACGUCCCAUCAUUCAUCGUCCGUCUCGACUCUCAGAAGCACAUCGACUUCGCUCUCAGCUCGCCAUUUGGUGGAGGACGUCCAGGUCGUGUCCGCAGAAAGAAGGCCAAGGCUGCCGAGAAGGGUGGUGACGAUGAGGAGGGCGGCGAGGAGGAGGAGGAGUAAACUCUUCACUCGGAUCCAAGCUACGUCACCACGAUUUGACAGGGAAUGGGAAUGGCAUAGGCAUGGCGUUCAGCGUGCAGGAUUCAAGCACAUGCGGCUUCCAUGUAGCCUCCGAAAAUGAUACCAGCUGAAUCACACCUCCCUGCU